AAAAGGCACGCGCACGCAGGCGCGCAAACGACUCUUUCCGCUCCGUCUCCCAGCUCCGGUUCUGAGCGUCGCCAUGGGUCGCCGCCCAGCCCGCUGUUACCGGUACUGUAAGAAUAAGCCGUACCCGAAGUCGCGCUUCUGCCGCGGCGUUCCCGACGCCAAGAUCCGUAUCUUUGACCUGGGUCGGAAGAAGGCGAAGGUGGACGAGUUCCCGCUGUGCGGCCAUAUGGUGUCGGAUGAGUACGAGCAGCUCUCCUCCGAAGCCCUGGAGGCCGCCCGAAUCUGCGCCAACAAGUACAUGGUGAAAAGUUGCGGCAAAGACGGCUUCCACAUCCGCGUGCGGCUCCAUCCCUUCCACGUCAUCCGCAUCAACAAGAUGCUGUCGUGUGCCGGCGCCGACCGCCUGCAGACGGGCAUGCGGGGCGCCUUCGGGAAGCCGCAGGGCACGGUGGCCCGAGUCCAUAUUGGUCAAGUCAUCAUGUCCAUCCGUACCAAGCUGCAGAACAAGGAGCAUGUGAUCGAAGCCUUACGCCGGGCCAAGUUCAAGUUCCCCGGCCGCCAGAAGAUUCACAUCUCCAAGAAGUGGGGCUUCACCAAGUUCAAUGCCAACGAGUUUGAAGAGCAAGUGGCCCAGAAGCGCCUCAUCCCGGACGGGUGCGGAGUCAAGUACGUCCCGGACCGAGGGGCCCUGGACAAGUGGCGAGCGCUGCACGCGUGAGAUGUCCGGCUGCGGUGCUGGUUCGGGACAGAUCUGCUUGUUCGGGGGUGGACAGACUGUGACUUUUCUGUUCGCGGAAGGGGGCUGUGCGAGCCUGACUUUGAAGUUCAGAAAUUCGGGUUUUGCAGAUCUGAGUUAUGUUCAAUAAACCGUUUGCUGGCAAAAUAAAUAAAUAUAUAUUUUA